CAGUGCGCUCCGAGAGAGACGCGUGAAUACAACCUGCCUGGCUCCUCAACAUGUGUCUCUGCAGCAACCUCAUGCUCAUCUCCAGUGCUUGGGCUUAAACCGUUCCAGCCUUUAAAGCUUUGUGACGGGAUAACAAAGAUAAAUCCACCCUCAGAAUUUGAGGGAAACUCCUGGAGGUUCAACGAGCGGCAGGUAAAUCCAGUGGCGCAGGAAGCUGUCGACAUGCUGGGAGUCUGCGUGUGUCUGUGUGCUGUUUUCACACAGGUCCUCUCUCAGGCUGAGGCUGAGGAGCCCAUCACCUACACAUGCACUGAUGGCUACGAAUACGACCGUGUCAGCGAGCGUUGCAGUGACAUCAACGAGUGCGACUUAUUGAGUGAUGCCUGCAAAGGAGGGAUGCAGUGCAUCAACCACUUUGGGGGCUACCUCUGCCUCCCCAAAAGUGCUAUCAUUUACUUUGACCAUAGUGAUGAUGGCACACCGGAACUCUUGCCGGGCGUCCAGUCUCAGCCGCCCAGCCAGCCUCUGACCCCGCGGUUCUCCGGACAGUCGUCCUCCCCACUCGCUGCUCGCUGCGCUCCUGGCUUCGCUGCAGACGAACAGAACAUGUGCAGAGACAUUGAUGAAUGCACCACUGGCAGACAUACGUGUGGCCCCGAGCAGACGUGCUAUAACACCAGGGGCUCGUACACAUGCCAGUGUUCUCCAGGCUUCCAAAGGAAUGGAAACCAGUGCAUAGACAGAAACGAGUGUGACCUAGCGCACUACUGUAUGCACAAAUGUGUAAACACUCCGGGCUCUUACUACUGUGAGUGCAACCCAGGUCACCGACUGGCCAGCAACAACCACAGCUGUAUUGAUGUGGAUGAAUGUGAAACACAGAGUCCCUGUCAGCACCACUGCUACAACCUGAUUGGCUCCUUCCUCUGUCAGUGUGACCAAGGGUACGAGCCGGCUCCUGACGUGGUCACCUGCCAAGACGUGGACGAAUGCAGCUACUCCAGCUAUAUGUGUCAGUACCAGUGUGUGAACACUCCGGGGAGUUAUUCCUGCGAGUGUCCGGAAGGAUACCAGCUCCAGGGAAGCAGGUUAUGUCAAGAUGUCAACGAGUGUGAAGCCGCCACUCACAACUGUCGGGACGAUGAAAUGUGCUGGAACUAUUACGGAGGCUUCCGUUGCUAUCCCAAAAACCCAUGCGAGCCGCCGUACACCCAAACGGCUGAGAAUCGCUGCAUCUGCCGCUCAGCAACUGUCGAGUGUCAGGGUCUGCCUCCGUCCAUCGUCUACAAAUACAUGAGCAUCCAGGCGGAGCGGACGGUGCCGUCGGACAUCUUCCAGAUUCAGGCCACCAACAUGUACGCCAACACUCACAACACCUUCAGGAUUAAAGCUGGGAACGAAGCUGGGGAGUUCUUUCUCAGGCGUUCUAGCAACAUGAGCGCCAUGCUGGUGCUAACAAAGUCCCUGACGGGUCCAAGAGAGUACGUGGUGGAUCUGGAGAUGGUCACCCACCACCUGACCAUGAACUACCGCUCCAGCUCACUGCUCCGGCUCACCAUCAUCGUCGGGCCCUACGCUUUCUAAGCUCCUCGUAAAUGCCGGUUUCUCCGUAUCCCUCAUGUACAACACAGUCGGCUGCACUUGCUGGGGAGCAUGUUAACUAGAGAUUCAUUAUGCAAGUUUAGCACUUCAUUUUGUAAAUAUUCAAUGGUGUGUAGUGAAUUGAUAGUUCUAUUUUUUUGGUGUCACAAAAAAUUGCUUUAGCACUUUCGGGAAAAGCUAAGUGGAACCAAGCUUUAUCUGUAGGAACUUUUGUGUUGUACACAUAUAUAUAGUGUUUUCAUCGUCAAAAUUUACUAAUCUUAUUAUAACAUAUGAACAUUUUUACUCGCCUCUCCAAUGGACCUGUAUCUUGUUAUAUAGUGGGGGUUUUUUCACCCCAGAUUUUCAUGAACGACCAAGCAAGAUUAUUAUUAUUAUGCAAGCACAAGUGUAUUUUAAGAACAAUCAUAAUAAUCUGAAGAUUAUUAUCAUAUUGAGGACCUUCUGCAGGGCCAUUUGCUACUAAGUAAAACAUAUAUAGUAUAUAUAGUAGCCGACAAUACUACCUUUCUUUCCUUUGAUUUAAAACUCCUAUGCUUUUUUUUAAGUACAAAUUUGGCUUUCAUUGCGACUAAAAAAAGGGCAAACAUCCAGUUUGAGCAGCUUGAAAAGUGCAAAAACAAACUUCUGUCCAUGAAUCACGCACUUGUGUAUAGUUUCACUCAUGAGUAAUUAUUUCCAAAAGAAGUGCCGAAAAGUGUAAGCGGAAAGAGUUUAUCCCAAGCUUGGAACCCGAUGAUUUAACUGACAGGAGGUCAGUCAGGUUAAAAAAAAAAAAUCUUUGUGUGUUUGUGGCUUCCUCUGUUCGGCAGAAGUGUAAAUCUGCUGAACAGAGAAUGAGAAGGAAAGUGAUGCCGUUGCAAGAGCCAACUAUAGUGAUGGUCAAGGAACCAUGGCCACUCUUGGUGCCUUGACCGAUCUGUGCCAGAUUUUUUUGUGUCUCAAGUGGGACACUCAAGUUUAAGUCGUAAAUAUCAGACUAGGAUCAUGUGUGACAACAACAUGUGAGGUAUCGCUGUGUUCACUUAUCACGUCAACCACACAGCUUUUUCUCAUUAACCCGAGCUUCACCUGUUGCAGUACAUAAUGAAAGUUGGAAUCAAUGCCAGCAAUGGUUCCAUGGCCAAUGCUAAAGACUGCGGCAUGUUCAACUAGACUGCAGAACUUUGGGAUUGACCCUGCAUUUAUGACAAUUUUAUUUUUGAAUUUGGUGUUUUCAUUUUGUCGUCCAUAUGUAACAUUUUCACCAAAACCCUUGAGACAAUUGUCUGUGCCUUCGAGGUGUAGCCACACCUCCCAAAAAUGUAUAGCACUGUGUCAUUCAAAGCUGUUGCUUGUUGUUUUUUCUUUAAUUUAAAUUUAUAUUCUGUAUAUUUCACAUUUACCUUUCUUUGAAGACUUAUCCACCUGAAAACAUCUUUUUUUUUACUGAUUCCUUAUGCAUUAAUAAAUAAACAAAAUUUUGAAUUUUAGAAAAAAAAAAGAGCUACAAAGUGACGGUGUCUGUCUUCUUCCAUGAUUGUACUCUUAAGAGAGUUUAUAUUGUUGAAUAAAAUAUGACCUA